UUUCCAGAAGAAAAGUAGAUCUAUUUGUCUUCGUUGCUCGAUAACCUCUCGGAUUUAUGCAUAAAGCUUCAGACUUUAAGGUCUUUUACAUGUUUGUAGUCGUAGUUUUGAUCUAAGGAGCUCUGUUUAGCUAUCAGACAUGGUGGGCACUGGUCGCUUUCCGUUCUCGAAGCCGAGGGAGACGCCUUGGACUUUGAGGUCACGUAACAAGAGCAUUACUCAAGAAGAACUUGCCAAGCGUCCUGACCCAUUCUUUCUACCAUUUAUCCUUGAUGAGCUUGAAGAGGGUAAAUACGGAUGGCUUGCUGAUGAUGUAAAGAGACUUUGUAAGCUGAAACAGGACUAUUCGAAUGGUUUUAUCUCAUUGGGAGAUAUCGAAGCUAGAGAAGAGAAAAAGCAAGCCAAGUCUACUAAGAUUCGUAACACUGAUUCCCAUAAUGAGUUGCAUCAAGCAUCAGUUAGUCCUCUCCAUAAAAGGCUGAAGAAGCUCAAGGAAGUGAUUGUUAUAGAUGAUGAUGCUACUACAGAUAAGUUGACUCGUGGCUCGGCUUCUACUAGCAAUGCUCUGCGAAACAGUUCUAAUGAUGAUGGGAAUAGUGGGACUAGCUCAGGAUCUGACACAAGUCUUCAAGAUUAUGAAGAGGAGGAUUCAUCAGGGAAUUCUACUGAUAUUGACAAUCAAAAUCCUCUACAUGUAGCUGCGGAGGAAGAAGAAGAGCUUUGGAGGCAGAUGGCAUUUGCUCAGGAAUCAGAUAAGGAAACGGUGGAGCAUUCACAAAGUAAUGAUCUCAAACAAGUUGAAGACUGUGACCAUUCCUUCAUCUACAAGGACGAUAUUGGAGAAGUGUGUCGUGUUUGUGGACUCAUCAAGACACCAAUUGAAAGAAUGAUCGAGGUUGUGUUCAACAAGCCGAAGAAAAUGAGACGAACUUAUAUGCGUGAAAAAGAAAAUGGGGAAACGAGCAGGGCAUUCUCAGUAAGCCAGUUUUCUCAGACAAACAUUUUGGGAGAAAAGAUGUUCAUUCACCCAAAACAUUAUCAGGACAUGAAGCCUCACCAGAUCGAAGGAUUCAGUUUUUUAUGCAACAACCUUGCAGCAGAUAAGCCAGGUGGAUGCAUAUUAGCUCAUGCACCGGGAUCAGGCAAGACAUUUCUUCUCAUCAGCUUUCUUCAGAGCUUCAUGGCUAUGGAUCCGCAGGCUAGACCAUUGAUUGUGCUACCAAAGGGGAUCAUAGAUUCAUGGAAGCGAGAGUUUACUUCGUGGGCAGUUGAGAACAUUCCCCUGCUUGAUUUCUACAGCGUGAAAGCCGAAUCACGGAAACAACAACUGAAGGUUUUGGAGAAGUGGGUCGAACAGAGAAGCAUUCUGUUUCUUGGGUACCAACAGUUUGCAAAGAUCAUCUGCGAUGAUCAGAACUUUGAAGCAGCUUCAGAAGAUUGUAAACUGAUAUUGCUUGAGAAGCCAACUUUGCUUAUACUUGAUGAAGGUCAUACAUCAAGGAAUAAGGAGACAAACAUGCUUAUUUCGCUUGCUCGUGUCAGGACUCCUCGAAAGGUUGUUCUCACAGGUACUUUGUUCCAAAACAAUGUUGAGGAAGUGUUUAACAUUUUGGAUCUUGUUCGUCCCAAGUUCUUGAAGCGUCCUGGAACUCGGGAGAUUGUUACCCGUAUCAUGAGCAAGGCAGGGAUACCAAGUGGCAAACAGGUGAACCAGAGUAGUAUGGAGGGAGCUUUCUUCGCUGCAGUAGAGUUUACAUUACAGAAGGGUACUGAAUCUUCAGCCAAAGCCAGCUUGAUAAGGGAUCUACGCGAAAUGACCUGUAAUAUCUUGCAUUAUUACAAAGCAGAUUUCAGAGGCUUGCUCCCCGGGAUUAGUGAGUUCACUGUCAUGCUCAACCUGAGCUCGAUCCAGAGAGAUGAAGUCAAGGGUCUGAGGAAAAUGGAUCUGUUCAAGCAGAUCUCUCUUGGUGCUGCAUUGUAUAUCCACCCAAAGCUGAAAUCUUUCUUGGAGGAAAACCCGUCGAACAGUGAAAAGAGUCUUGCUAAUAACAAGAACAUAGAUAGGAAACUAGAUGAGAUGCUGAAGAAGAUCAACAUCAGAGACGGUGUGAAGAUGAAGUUCUUCCUCAACCUCUUAGCUCUGUGUGAAUCAACAGGAGAGAAGCUCUUGGUGUUCAGCCAGUACAUAGUCCCAAUAAAGACUCUUGAGAAACUCAUGAGCUCAAUGAAAGGUUGGAGUAUAGGGAAAGAGAUGUUCACAAUCACUGGAGAUUCGAGCAAUGAAGAGAGAGAAGAGUCAAUGAAGCGAUUCAACGAUUCUCCAGAGGCUAAAGUGUUUUUCGGAUCGAUAAGAGCUUGUGGGGAAGGAAUAUCACUGGUGGGUGCAUCAAGGGUUCUGAUACUUGAUGUUCAUCUGAACCCAUCAGUGACUCAGCAAGCCGUGGCUCGAGCUUACAGGCCAGGACAGAAGAGGAAAGUGUAUGCGUACAAGCUCGUAGCUGCGGAUUCACCAGAGGAAGACAACUACGAAACGUGUAUGCGCAAAGAGAUGAUGUCGAAGAUGUGGUUCGAGUGGAAUGUUGGACCAGGAAGAGAUGAUUGUGGGUGUAGUGAAGCCAUUGAUGUUGAUCAGUCGGGGGAUGCGUUUCUUGAGACGACCAAGUUGAAGCAAGAUAUCAAGUGCUUAUACACCAAGGUAAACUGAUUUGAUAAACCGAUUCUAACCGGUUAUUGAUCGUUUGGUCCAUCGGAUCGGAUACAAUAAUAUUUGCAUAUUUUUAUAUUUUUCUGAACAUUUUAAUUUAAGAGAUGAACCGAACUCAAACUGUAUCUUAUCUCUCGUCUUAUGGUUGUGACCUUUUUAUUACUUUAGUAACAAUGUACUAAAAUUUCAGAAGAUU